GCUGGCAGUCGGAGAGCUGCUUAACAUGACAAAACAACACAGAGCUGGCAUGUAGUUUCAUCAGCACACACACACACACACACACACACACACACACACACACAGGCAACAUGAACUCAACUGGUGGAUCUGGGGAAGAAAAGAUAACUGCUUUGUCUUGGAUAUACAUCUUGUCUUUGAGUUUAAGUUUGAUUGGCAGCUGUUCUGUUAUGGUUGUGUCUAUUGUAAAGAGAAGACCUCUUCAUGAACAGGCUAAACCUCUUCUUCAGCUAACCCUGGCAGAUUUCCUGGCUUCACUUGUUUUGAUGGGCACCGUCAUAAUUAACUUCCUAUCCUAUGAACAUUUCCCAAAAAGUGAAUUGUUCUGUAACUAUGGAUUGCCUUUAUCUUUGACAUUCUACUGCAUCUCUUUUCUGCUUGUCAUCAUUUAUGCCUGUGAGUCAGCACAUGCGUUUCAAGGAUGGAGGGAAAAAGCAGAGGAGGUGGGGUUUGAGAACCAGAUAAUACGCAGAAGGAAGAGGUUUUGUCUCUUCUAUAUUAUUGUGUGGCUUGUUCCAAUUAUUGGAUACAUCAUUUAUGUAAAAACCGUCACGUUUACGGAAGCUACUGUCGGGCCAGCAUACAAACCCUCUGAACACAACAGAGGAUGGCCCACUGCCGUGUUCUGCAACAGCUGCAUUCUUUUCCUGCAUUUAACAAAUGACUCCUGCCCAAAUGUGGAUUCCCCUCACGCUGAGUUCAUUCGAGUUUUCACUCUCUGUAGUGUGAUGAUCGUCCUCAUCAGCUGCACAGUGGUGUACUGUAAGUUACAGAGCUGUUAUAGACAUUACGAGAACAAAAGCAUGUUCACAAUGUCACAGAGACAUCCAGGUGGGAUUUGGUCAUCAGCUCGAUACAUGAUCUUUGUUAUCAUCAUCUGCUGGGCUCCAGCUCUGCUUGUGAUCAGUCUCUCCUUUGAUCCAACUAGAAUAAGAAAACUCUUCCCUCUCUAUGUCAUACAGGCACUGUCCGUGUCACUGCAGGGGUUCAUGAACAGUAUUGUGUACGCAUGGAGACGGCGUAACUUCAGAGACGCCGUGCUGGGAGAGCGUGUGCCGCUCAUGGCUUAUUCUAACAAAGCCUUCUUCGAACAGUCGUUAAAUGAGCCAUCAUGAAAUCAAACAUGAAAUGUGUGUGAGAGUGUCUGCAUUUUGAGAGAUGGAAAUUUUGUGUUUUUAAAGAUUUGUAUUUAUUUUUUUAUGUUGUGAAUGUGAUACCGUUAACGGAAAUGUUUAUGUGUCACUGUCUGUAUAAUAUAAACAUUAUAAAAUAUACUUGAAAUUUAUAGAAUAGUCAAGACUGAACAAAACCUCAAUUAUUAGUCGAUUGCUUUCAUUAGAUUCAGUCUUGUAGACUGAUAUUGUAUGGAAAUGUUAUAUUUCUGUUGUAUAUAUUUAACUAAAUAAAUCAUGACAUGGAUUUGGCUCUUUGAAGCAUUAUUCACAAUGACUAAGCAAGCAAUGUCACGAGCGCUGUUAGUAAAACGUUUUUAUGUCUCAGACUGUCAUGCAUGAGGGGGAUGAUCUGUGCAAGCCCAUAAAGAUUUUCAGGACAAAAUAUUCUAGUAUGUACUUAACAUUAUGGCCGAAAGUCACAGUGAGUCAUUGUCACAUUAUAUAGUAGUAAGUCCAUGGCAUGCAUUUGUGUUUGGUUCAAACAAUCACUAAAA